AUGUCGACCACCAUUGAACAGAAGCUGAACACUCUACGAGAAUACUCGGCUUGUGAUGUCUCAGACGCCUUGGUCAAGCUCCAAAAGGUACCAGAAGGCACCACAGCACGAGCAGGCUAUCUCGCGGACUUGGUCCCCUUUUCCCCCUCUAUAGGCCGAACCAGAGACCUCCCCAAAAUCGUCGCCCCAGCAUCAACAUUCAAAUUCGUCCCCAAAAAUGACCCCGUCCCCGAAACCGCAAACCCAGAAACAAACGGCUUCCCGCCGGGGAAAUACUGGGUUGACUGGGCGGAGCCCGGGACGAUCGCGGUCCUCGAUCAACCUGCUGGACAGCACUGUGCUGUUCUCGGUGGGAUUAUGGCUGUCCGGAUGAAGUAUCUGGGUGUUAAUGGGGUGGUGGUGAAUGGGAGAAUGAGGGAUUUGGAGGAGAUUCAGGAUUCACGGCUUUCGGUCUGGGCUCGUGCGACUACCACCGUCGGUACUGGUGCAGAGGCUAAACCAGGGGCUCGUAAUGUUCCUGUGGAUAUUGGGGGAGUGACUGUGUCGCCGGGAGAUAUCAUUUUCUGUGACCCCUUGGAAGGCGUGGUUGCCAUCCCCCGCGAUCUACUCGAUCAGGUCCUGGAAUUGAUGCCGAAAUUCGUUGCCAUGGAUGACAAGGUCAAGGAGGCCGUCCUUCAAGGAUCGAGUGUUUUUGAUGCCUUCAAGAAAUUCCGUACUUAG